AUGAGUCGAUUUUCGGCAUCGGAUCGCUAUUAUAUGUUUCAAGAUCUUGAUCGCUUGAAUCCAUUAACUACGUUUGCUCGAGAUGAGAUCGCCGAAUGUGACGAUGAACACGAGGAUGAAAUAAAUCUCAAGGGCGAAGCAUGCAAUCUGGAGUAUCGUCGACGAACUCGAGGUGCAGUAAUAGAAAACGAAUAUUCGAUGGAAGUUCCAAUUGCAGUAAUGCGUUAUUUGCGUCCAAAUUUGAAAUUUGAUAUUAUUACCACCAAGACUUUCCUUACGACGCUUUGUCGUUUCAUCGACAAUGAGCGUCGUUCUUAUCGCUUUAAUGUUGAACGUAUUGGAGAUUUAAUAAUCAUUGAGGAAAUGCCUUUUGGCGAUGCACGCCCUUCCAAAACUUAUCUCCAAGGAGCUCUGGACAUUUUAACUGGACGUGCAACUCCGGAUUAUCGGCAACUAUCACUGUGCGAAUUCGGUACGAUGAGUGUUAUAGUGCGACAAAAUGUUGAUUUAGCGGAACCGUCGUCCAUUGGACGAAUUCGCGCGGAUAUGAAUUGGCAACGAAACAGUUUUAACCAGUCUCCUAAAGAGCCGUUCCUUCCGAUACUGGAGAAUACAAUUGAAUCAAUGUCAAAAAUGGGUGUAUUCACUGAUCAACCAGAACCUGUUUUUAGAAUCGAUGACAGUCAUGUUGGGAUUCAGGGUCCACUUGUGCCAGAGGCACCAAAAAAGCCAAUUGAAGUAAUGUGCCGAUCAUCCCAGCGCUUCUCGUUCGAGAACCUUCAAAUGAAAUGGCCCAAUAUGGUUUUUUCGGGCGCUGACCGUAUUAUUAGCGUCCUCCAUGUUCGAGGACUAAUUGACCAUAAACCAAAAAGUUUCAGCUUCCAAGAAAUAGCACCUCAAGGGUACAAGAAGACAUUGGCGCGCGCAGCGGUCCUUUGCCGUCAGAUCGUUGAUUAUAUAAGAUCAAUCGCUAAUUUUGAAAGUGACAAAUUAGCUCUGAUCUGGGCGAAUGACCAAAGGUGCUCAGCGGAUGCUAACGAUGGUGAGCGUUUCGUUCUGUAUCGCCGUCGUCGUGGAGAAAUGGAAGAAAGCUACUUUGUUACGCCAUCGCUUCGUCGAUCCCUUAUAAGUACAUAUCAGCUAGACGACGACGACGACGAUGACGAAGAAUCCUUCUAG